AUGAAGAGUAUGUUUCCCUCGCAUCUCCCGAGAUUGAUUCCAGGGCUAAUCUCACGUGUAAAGCUGUGAUACAGCGAGUCAAGAGCGCGUCCGUCACGGUGGACGGCCAGCUCAUCUCCACCAUAGGCAAAGGCCUAUUAAUUCUCGCUGCCAUCGGCAAGGAAGACACUCCCAAGGAAGCCGAGAGCAUGGCUGCUAAAGUGCUCAAGGUGAAACUCUGGAACGACGGCGAGACUAAAUGGAAGAAGAACGUCCAAGAAAUUGAUGGCGAGGUCCUCUGCGGUACGAUAUAGCCACACCGAAUCACCAUCAAGGUCUACGUAGCUUAUACUAACUCCAUGUUCCAAAGUCUCCCAGUUUACUCUCCUGGCAAACACCAACAAAGGAAACAAACCAAGCUUCCACAAGUCUGCCUCCCCCGAAAAGGGCAGAGAACUCUACGACGCCUUCAUUGGUCAGGUUCGCAAGCUCUAUCGCGAGGAUCGAGUCAAAGACGGCGUCUUCCAGGCCAUGAUGGACGUGGGCCUGGUAAACGAUGGACCUGUAGGUGUAGAUUACCGCUGUGAGGAUGAAGCGGUAAAUACCGAGCCCAGCGUGUUUCUCAACGUUUGCGUGGUAUAUUCGCUCAUAUCCACAACAGGUAACCAUUGAGAUCGAAACGAACCCACCUGAGAUGAAGAAUCCUACUAGUAUGGAGCCUCCUGGGGAAGAAGAUGAAGGCGCGUCAACCCUGAAAACGCACAUACAGAAGACGUUUGAGUAUCCUGCUUCCUUGAUGGAGUGA